AUGCCUCCUGCUUUCGAUGGUAUCUCCGGUAGCUUCAAGGAUUGGCUAAGACGUUAUGAGCAAUGUGCCCUUGCCGCCGGAUGGUCCACUCAACAGCAGGCAGAACGCCUUGGUCUGUACUUGAAGGAACCCUUUCUCUCUGGUUGGGAUGCUUAUGCUAAGAAGGUGAACUUCGAGGAAGACAAGAAGUCCCUCCUGAAGAUAUUUGAUCAUGUCCGUCCCCACCAAGCCCUAAAACAGUUCCAAGAGCUACGCUGGUCCAAAGGUCAGCACCCCGCUCUCUAUGCUGCAGCUCUACAACGACACCUCAACCGGUACUAUACCAAGGAGAAGUUCCCUGAGCUCUCUGAAGCGGACAGGACUAAGAACAUGGAGGAGAUGAUCAUUGACCGACUGAAAGCAGAUCUACCCCCCAUGGUCCGGUUCCAGCUCCUCUUGAAAGAGCCUAAGAACCUCAAGGAGGCCUGUAUAAUGUGUGACAGCGUUCUUGCCCUUGACGACGCUAACUCCAACACCAUUGUCGAGACACCGGCUAAGGUUGCCACAGCCGCUGGUGUUUUCGGUAGCCAACCGGCCGAUGACUCUACGGAUGCGCUCACGAAAGCUGAUGCCAAGCGUAUCGAACAGAAGCUCGACAGGAUUUUGGGUGGUAUGAGACGCAAGAGUGGCGAUCCUAAGCAACAGCCAGAUACUAAUGUCACCUCUACCGUGGCCCUUACUCGGCCUAGGAAGUUCCUAGCCCAGGAUCAUCCGACCUACUCCUGUCCCAACAAGAAGUUCUCGGAAGGUUGCUACUGGUGCGGCAAGACUGGUCACUUGGCUAGAGAUUGUUACCAGAACCCGAAUAAGGUGAUCCACGAACGUUGUCUCCCGGCUGGUGCCAAGAUACAACCUGUUCGUGGACUUGAACUUAUUUCUGCACAGGGUCAUAGCUUCGAUUUGCUAGGAGCUGUCGCCCUUACUCUGUCCUUGUACGAUUCGACUAACUUAGAUAAUCCUUGUUUACCGGAGGCAGACCCCCCGCCGCCGGGUCCCGACCUCCCUCCUGAUAUCGUGGUACCUAUGGUAUUUUUGGUGGUGAAGGCUUGUGUUCAUCCUAUCCUUCUAGGUAGCGACUUCUUGGCACACUAUAGGAUGUCUGUGGUCUAUCAAGAGCUUGGCCCUCCAUUACUACAAGGUGUCUUGAAGGACCGACCUAUUCCGUCUGUAACGGAUGCUGGUCGCGGUUAUUCCGUAUCGGCUACUCGGAGGAAACCUGAACCCUUAAAGGUACCUACCCGUAUGAUUGAAUCAUUGUCUAACUUACAAAAAAAGAAAAUCCCCAGCAAGAAUUUGAUUAUGCCGCCUGAACCCCCUCUCCGAGGUCCCAACUGCCCUGAAGUUAACUUCGACGACACCCAGGCUUCUCGCUAUAACGGUCCAAAGAAGCGAAACGCCAAGCGUAGACGCCGAAGGGAUCUCCAAAGGAAGGUUCACAAGAAAGUUCAGAGAGUUGUCGCCUCCGCCUUGCCGUGGCCUCGGUUGAUCGCCAUGUUAUCUGUCAAAGAGCCCUUGACCAACGACGAAUUGGCUGCUGAUGGGUUGCCGACAGAAAUGCCGAUUCCCGAUUCUUGGCUACCCCCGGUCCCACGGCCUGGCGAUAUUGGAACGUUAUGGCCCCCGAGUGGAGUCACUACGGAUGAUAUGCUCGACGAUGAUAUCUCUGGUGCCCUUAGAUUUGCGGUCCCCGACCUCACUGAUGAGGUCCCUCGUGUUAUACUUCCAUCUAUUGACCUUUCUGUGUAUCCCAAUAAAAAAAGAUUUGCUAAAUUAUGUAAUGAGUAUUCUGAUUUAUUUUCUUCCCGUCCUGGGAAAUGCGAUUCCGUUGAGCAUGCUAUACCAUUAAAGUCAGAUAAGCCCUUUUCCCAGAAACCACGACCGAUUCCCCACAAAUGGCGGGAUGAAGUCAAGAGCCUUGUGGAUAAACUGUUGGAGGAAGGAAUGAUUCGCCCUAGCACAUCUCCGUAUCGUUCACCGUGCGUUUACGUCCCUAAAAAGAAUGGCUCAGUGAGAAUGUGUAUCGACUUUCGUGCGUUGAAUGCCCUCACGGAGGUUGAUUCGUACACACUACCUCGUCUUGAUGAUGUACAAGAGCACUUAGCGGGUUCGAAGGUGUUCAGUACACUUGAUUUACAGUCUGGUUAUUGGCAGUGCCUUCUUCGUCCUCAGGAUAUUCAUAAGACAGCUUUUUGCCCUGGCCCUGGUUUUCCGCUCUAUGAGUGGGUCCGCAUGCCUUUCGGACUCUGCUCCGCUGGAGCCACCUUUCAACGUCCGAUGGACCAAGUACUUAAUGGACUACCUUUUGUUCGGGUCUACCUAGACGACAUCCUCGUGUUCUCGCCCGAUGCUGAGACUCACGAAGACCAUUUGAGACAAGUCUUCGCACGCUUGCGUGCGUGGGGCUUGACGUUGUCCGCCGAGAAGUGCGAGUUCGGUUGCCCUUCUGUGCCCUAUUUAGGACACAUUUUUGACGGGAACGGUAUGAGACCAGAUCCGACUAAGGUAGAGGCGAUCUUAAGAUGGCCUCGCCCUGGUAAUGUCGCAGAGAUAAGGUCCUUCCUGGGUCUCGCCGGCUACUACCGCAACUUCGUUCCUAACUUCUCGGACGUGGCACGACCAAUUCAACGGCUGGUGUCGGAGGUCGGAAGUGAAACUUUGGCUUUGGAUACCUACUGGGGACAAGAGCAAGAGGACUCCUUCCGGGCGCUCAAGCUUCGUCUCGCAGCCCUGCCCUUCUUAGCUUACCCUGAUUUCGGUAUCCCCUUCGAGCUCUAUACUGAUGCAAGCGACUAUGCCAUUGGAGCUGUCCUCAUGCAAGAGGGAAGGCCCUUGGGAUUUUUCAAUUAUUUCACACGGUGGGCUACGGCGAUACCGGUGAAAUCCGAGGAUACCACUGAAGUGGCCCUUGAUCAGUUCUCCUUCGACCCCUUCGGGUAUAACGAGUACGUCAAGGCCCUCGCGAUCCACCUUGAGGAUCUUGUUGACCUCGCCCAUGCCUCCUCCUCUGCUGCAGCCCAAGCUUACUACGACAAGAAGGCCACUGCUCGUCAAUUCUAUGUUGGACAACGUGUACUAGUACGACGUCUUGGCCCUCAAACCGGAAAUAAGCUUGAACCUAAGUGGAGCCCUGGUUGGUUUGUGGUUGGUCAGAUGCCUGGCCAAGAGAACAAGGUUCUCAAGCUCAAGCACCAAGAGACGCUUCAAGUUCGUGUUCUGUCAGCUGAUUAUGUCGCUAUCGACCCCCUUCAGCCCGACGCCGUUCCUGACGCCCUUGGUAUUAUGCGACAAGAUCCACUACCUCGUGCUGGAUCACCCUUGCCUGACCCCGAUCUCAGCAACGCCCCCGGUCCUGAACCCCCUGUACGACCCGAUGUCAUUACAGACAAUGUGAGUCUAGGAGAUGGUUACCCUAUGGACCCCCUGGCCGGCCCUGAGAUACCCCCUGACCCUGAUGCUUUACUCCGGAUUGAAGUCGACUUCCCACAACCACAACCACGAAACUCAAGACAAGAACCCCUGUCGGAAACGAUUAGUACGGCGACCCCGGAUGAUGUCCCUACUGGACGCAGUGGUGAACCUCAUCUACCCGAAGAGGGAAGUGCAGGCGAUCUCGACGGACGCGUUGAGACCUCGCCAGCCCAGACCUGUUCUAGUUCUUCACGCCUACAACCCGACGACAACACCGACAACAGCGAGUUUCAAUCGGUGCCUUCUACAGAUUCCUCGUCAGCUGUCCCAUCGCCCCCUACGUCACCACCCUGUGAAGAAACGGCUGAGGCUCCUGCAACGGCAGAUGUUAUGGAGACGGCCGCCCCUUCUGAAGCGGCUGGUCGACCUCUAGGACGUGGACACCGCACGAGAAACCCAAGAGGCCGUAACAUUGUCCCUUUUGGCCCUUGUCUCUGA